AUGUCUUCCGAAGAAAUCAUCGUUGAAAUUUCUGAUGGAUUUUUACGUGGGAAAAAAUGUAUUUCCGUCCGAAAUAAUUUUCCUUAUUUUAGUUUUCAAGGAAUACCAUAUGCUCAACCUCCAGUCGGUAAUUUAAGAUUUAAGGCGCCAUUACCGGUUAAACCAUGGACGGGAGUAAGAAAUGCUUUGGUCGAAGGUGCAAAUUCUCCAUGUUUUUUCUUAUUGUUUAAUUCGCCAGAAAUAAAAAGGGAUGAGGAUUGUUUGUUUUUAAACGUUUACACACCGGAAAUUCCAUCAGAAACAAAAAAAGAACAACUUCCGGUUAUAUUUUGGAUACACGGUGGAGCUUUUUGUGCAGGAUCAGGUGACUCUGAUUUAUAUGGUCCUGAUUAUUUAGUAACGGAAAAUGUCGUCAUUGUAACGUGUAAUUAUCGUUUAGGACCGUUAGGUUUUUUAAGUCUACAAAGUAAGGAAUAUCCGGGAAACAACGGUUUGAAAGAUAUAAUAUUAGCAUUGAAAUGGUGCAGAACAAACAUUUCAAAAUUUUCUGGUGAUGCUAACAAUGUAACAAUUUGUGGAGAAAGUGCUGGAGGAGCUGCAGUUCAUUAUCUGACAAUGUCCAAACCAGCCUCUGGACUUUUUCAUAAAGCAAUUAUUCAGUCUGGAGUAGCAUCCAAUUGUUGGGCGAUUUCAAAAAAUCCAAGGAAAUCAGCAUUUAAAUUAGGCGAAAUUUUAGGAUUUAAAACCGAAGAUGAUGAUGAUGGCCAACUUUUACUAAACUUUUUAAAAGAUGUCAAAGUUGAAAGUUUAAUAGAGAAAAGCGGUCAAAUAUUAAAAUUAAUUGAGCCUAACGAACAUUUUUUCGAAAAUGCUUUUUGUCCAUGUAUUGAACCGGAAACUGAUGAUGCAGUUUUAACAAUGCAUCCGGAAGAUUUUUACAAAAAUGGAGGAACCAUAAACGUUCCAGUUAUUAUAGGAUCAACCGAUUUAGAAGGACUCAUUUUACUUGUAUUAAAUCGUAAAUAA